UUUUUCAGUUUUAUUCCAUCUGUCGAUAUCGACAGUCGUUUCAUGUGCAUAACGAUUCCAUCGAAAACAAAGUGUGGACGAUGUCAAUUUAAUAAUUGAAGUUCAAUAUCAGAAUACACUGUGCCGGAACGCUGAUAUUUUGUGUGGUGAAUAAGAACGGACCAUUUUCUUGGUAGAUAAUUAUUCCCGGUAAACCAUUUCUGUAUUUACAAAUAGAUACAACAGUUGACGUCACACGUGUAAAGUGAAAGAGAUUUUUCUAAAACAAACAUAACGUUUUUUUUUACUUCGUGUGUCUGUACACAAUACAUAGUAUUCCAUCAACAGUUGGAACGGACAUGAUUUAUUUAUAGGUGAAGAAUUGGGUCGUAAAUAUUAUUUUUUUAAAUCAACUCACAUUCUAAACUCAAAAGUACGUCUAAAAUGAAUAUGGAAGUGAUGAUGUUAUAAAGGUGCAUUCUUUCUUCACCAACGCCAUACAUACUGAGGACUAUGCAAUUUUGGCCGUUUGUGAGUUUCGAAUUACACAUUGCACAUUCGCGAAAGUAAACCAAACAAAACGAAAAUUAGCUCCGUUGCAAAUUAAGUGAAUGAACCAUGUCCGACAAAAACAGCCAGGCAAGCAAAGAAACGAAAUUGGUCAGUGGUAAUAGCAGUGAUGAUAGUGAAAAAAGUGAUGGCAAAGUGGUGCUGGAGCGAAAAAUUACACUACUCAAUGGAGUGACCAUUAUUAUCGGAACGAUUAUUGGAUCGGGAAUAUUCAUCAGUCCCACCGGGGUAUUCGUGUUUACAGAAUCAGUCGGUGCAUCAUUGGCGAUAUGGGCUACAUGUGGCAUACUGUCAACAUUGGGUGCCCUAUGCUAUGCUGAAUUAGGUACAUGCAUAACCCGAUCGGGAGGUGAUUACGCUUAUUUAUUGGUAGCAUUUGGACCACUUGUUGCAUUUUUACGAUUAUGGAUUGCACUUUUCAUUAUUCGACCAACGACACAGGCAAUCAUCGCAUUAACAUUUGCCCAAUACGCAGCUAAGCCAUUCUUUCCAGACUGUCAACCACCUGAAAUAUCUGUUCGUCUUUUAGCUGCACUAUGUUUAUGUCUCCUAACUGCCAUAAAUUGCAUUUCCACAAAUUUGGCGAUGAAAAUUCAGGAUAUCUUUACGGCCGCAAAGCUACUCGCAUUAAUUUCGAUCAUCUUAGCUGGUUGCUAUUACAUGUCCAUCGGCCAUUUGGAAAACUUCGACGAUCCAUGGAGUGGAAAAUAUGAUGCGGCUAGUUUGGGCUUUGCAUUCUAUUCGGGUCUGUUUGCGUUUGGUGGUUGGAAUUAUUUAAAUUUUGUCACCGGUGAACUUCAAGAUCCGUACAAGAAUUUACCCCGAGCUAUAUGGAUUUCCAUUCCGAUGGUGACAAUUAUUUAUGUACUGGUGAAUCUGGCCUAUUUCGCAGUAGUGUCUAGAAGCGAACUACUAGCGUCUGUCGCUGUUGCUGUUAAUUUUGGAGAUCGAAUGUUCGGACCAGUAUCUUGGCUGAUACCGAUUUUCGUAGCCCUAAGUUGUUUCGGUGGAGUGAAUGGUGUUGUCUUCACAUCAGCCCGAUUAUUUGCAACUGGUGCCGAAGAAGGACAUCUUCCAUCAUUUUUCUCGUUGGUACAUCAUAAACAGCAGACACCCAUACCUUCGCUAAUAUUUUCGUGCAUCGUCUCUUUGAUCAUGCUAAUGUCGGCUGAUAUUUUCCUUCUGAUAAACUAUUUCAGUCAAAUUCUAUGGCUGUCUGUAGUGGCCAGCAUUGCAGCUUUAUUGUGGCUGAGGAAGGCUAAACCCGAUCUUCCACGUCCGAUCAAAGUGAAUCUCGCCAUUCCAAUCAUCUUUAUUGUAUUAUGCGUUAUACUGGUAAUGCUGCCCAGUUUGGAAGCACCCAUGAAUUUGGUUUAUGGAAUACUGAUAACACUAACUGGAGUACCGUUCUAUUACUUGGGCAUCAAAUGGAAAAAUAAACCGGAAUUUCUGGGCAAUUCGACGAAGGGAUUUGAACGCUUUUGUCAGCUCAUGUUCAACACAUUGUUUGUCGACGGUGAAGAGAAGGAAAAUUGAAUUCAUUUUUAUUGUUCAUCGCUAAAUGUGGAUUGAAGAAUUUUGGCGUAUGAAAAGGUGUCCAAAUAUGGAAAGAAGACCGUGGUAUGUGUGCAGGUAUAAGAUGAAAUUUGUAAGUUAAUUUUACGGAGAUGAAAAAUUUCCCUUUUAAUGCCUUCAAAGAUAUUAUUUUUUGGAAGAAUUUUUAAUAGCUCUCUAUUGUACUCUCUGUUUUAACUGUUUACGCAUAUUAUGAAGAACCAAUAAAAAAUGUGUUUUAUUUUCUGAAUGUU